GUAGCUGGCUACCUAGCCGACCGUUGGAUGUAGUGCAAUGGUAGCUAGCUAGGCAGGAAGUACGCUCAGUUUUGGCUCUACAGAGGCAGGUUAAGUAGGUGGAUAGAUGCAUCUUACAAAGUUAUAGCUACCUCUGUGUAUCGUUUUGCCACAGCUGUCUUGAAUGACGUUCAUUCAGAAACUUCAAGGAUUUGCAAACAAACGGAUAUGGACGUUGAAAGUGACAAGCUAAGACAGCUAGCCAUUGCAAGUGAUAACUGACUAUCAAAGCUAUCUACUUCACUCAGCUGCUCAUACUUGAAAGAACUUCGCUAAAGUUAGCAAACUAGCUUAGCGAGUUAGCCUGUCGUUUGAUUUUAAGUCCUUUGUUUUGAAGAAAGACUCGGAAGACAUUUCCCACCACCUUUUGUGUAGCAUUUUGCGUUGUGAAGCUUCUGUUUUUUUCUGAUGGCUCCACACAAAUAUGGUUCGGGUGGUGGUAUGGGUUCUGGUGGUGGAUUCGGAUAUGGUACCGGGGGCAAAGUCGGUGUUCACCACUCCGGAAUGAUGAAUUCAAAGAAGCCAAAAAUUGAACAGAUUCAAGCUGACCACGAAUUGUUUUUACAAGCAUUUGAAAAACCCACACAGAUCUACAGAUUCCUUCGAACCAGGAACCUGAUCGCACCCAUCUUCUUGCACAGGACUCUCUCGUACAUGACGCAUCGAAACACAAGAACAAAUGCCAAAAGGAAGUCUUUUAAAGUGGAUGAUCUGCUGUCUAAAGUAGAGAAGGCACGUGGGGAGCAAGAGUUGCAAAGCAACUUGGCUUCACAUCUACAAUUAACUUUCACCGGAUUCUUCCACAAAACAGAAAAGCUGUCUCAGAAGUCUGAAAAUGAGCAAAACACGGUGCCCUUGGAGGUAGUUCUUGUGAAGGUCUGCCACAAGAGGAGAAAGGAUGUGAGUUGUCCAAUAAAGCAAGUGCCUACAGGUAAGAAGCAGGUGCCUUUGAACCCAGACGGCAGCGGUGGCCCGGCCAAGCCGGGGGCUUUCCCCACGCUGUCGGUGUCCAGCCAGGAGUUCGAGCCCAGCAACAGCCACAUGGUCAAGUCCUACUCACUGCUCUUCAGGGUGCCCUGGCCGGCCCGGGCACACAACGGGGGACUCGCCAAUGGAGAAGCCAACGAAAACAUCGGUGUUGUUGAAGAAAUUGCAAGCAAAAAGAAGCGCUCUUUGCCGAGGGAGGAUGGGGAAACCAUGUUUGUGGCGCAGAUGACUGUUUUUGAUAAGAAUCGACGUUUGCAGCUGCUGGAUGGGGAGUACGAAUUAUCCAUGCAGGAAAUGGAGGAGUGUCCAGUUGGCAAGAAAAGAGCCACGUGGGAAACCAUCUCAGAUCAGAAGUGGCUGCCCGACCUGACCUUCUCCCAGGGCCCCACUCUGCAGUUCACCCUGCGCUGGACGGGGGACGCCUCCAGCCGCUCCACCGCCCCCGUGGCCAAACCCCUGGCCACCCGCAACUCAGACUGCAGCGGCAGCGCCGCAGACAACAGACCCAGCAGCCUCAAGCCUCUGCAGACAGUCGCUGUGAAGGAACCAGUGAGCACUGACACUCCCCCGAGGAGAGAGCAGAUUGUUACACAAUCAAGACAAAGACCUAGGAUAAUAUAUCAGUUCCUGUACAACAACAAUACGCGUCAGCAGACGGAGGCUCGUGAUGACCUGCACUGCCCCUGGUGUACCCUGAACUGCUGCAAGCUCUACAGCCUCCUUAAGCACCUCAAGCUCUCACACAGCAGAUUCAUAUUCAACUACGUGCCUCACGCUAAAGGAGCGCGGAUAGACGUGUCCAUAAACGAGUGUUAUGAUGGCUCGUACGUGGGCAACCCACAGGACAUCCACAGCCAGCCCGGCUUUGCCUUUAGCCGCAACGGGCCCGUGAAGAGGACUGCAGUCACACACAUCCUAGUAUGCAGGCCGAGGCGUGUGAAGCCCAGCCUGUCGGAGUUCCUGGAGCCGGAGGAAGGGGGCGACGCGGAGCACCUGCAGCAGCUCACCUACACCAGCGGCCACAACCGCCUCUACUUCCACAGCGACAGCUGCGUGCCCAAGAGGGCCCAGGAGUUCGAGGUGGACAGCGAGGACGAGAAGGACCCAGAGUGGCUCAGAGAGAAGACCAUCAUGCAAAUCGAUGAGUUCACUGACGUCAAUGAAGGGGAGAAGGAGGUCAUGAAGCUCUGGAACCUCCAUGUGAUGAAACGCGGUUACAUUGCGGACAAUCAGAUGAACCACGCGUGCAUGCAGUUUAUUGAGAAGUUCGGCGGCGAGAUUGUGGAGAAGGGCCUCUACAGGAACCUGAUGCUGCACCUGGUCAGCAUGCACGACUUCAACCUGGUCAGCGUGGGCACCAUCGACAAGGUCAUGGCAUACGUGCGGCAUCUCCAGCGCAAACGCCAACAGCAGCAGCCACAGCAGGCGGUGGAGCAACAAGAGGCCAAAGCGGCCAGCAAUGGCACUGGGGGCACGUCUCUCUCCAUCACCAGUCAAGGCUGCCAGGGUUCCUCAAUGGACAAAGAGGCCACAGGAGCAGCAGCAGCAGUAGCUGCAGCAGCAGCAUCACCACCCUCAGCAUCAGCAUCAGGGUCUGGAGCAACGCCCAGCAAGAGCCGACCGCAUAAGAGGCAGAAGCUGUGAGGGCCGGAGGUCACCUUCAGGGCUCAUGGGUGAUCUUGGGGGGGAUGAGGGUGACUGGGGUCAGCAAUCAGGGAAGGUGGUAGGAGGAGGUAGAAUCUGGUGCUUUUUUAAAAUGGGGAUGGGGGAUCUUCUCUGGACUACACUGGCUGUCUUGUCCAGUAGGAGUGUCAUUACCCCAACCCCAUCGCAUUCCGUAUAAGGUCUCAGGUGCUUGGAGUUUGCAGAAUUGUGCACUGCACUACUCUGCAGAUGUGACCAAGGGAAAAACAAUAAACAAACAAAGAAACAAAUACAACAAUGCAAAUGAAUUACACAACUACAGAAUGGUUGAGGUACACGACAAAGGCCUUUAGGAUCAAGUGAAGGAAGUCAUAACUUUUCAUUACUCAAUUACUUCUUAGGCUUUACCGCAAAAAACACUCGUCAGAACCAGCAAACGAGUAGUCUUGCAGUGAGGGGCCUUCGUACUUGAAUUCUUGUUUUUUGUCAAAGUUCAAUGAGAAGAAAUGGGGGAUUCCAUGUCUGUUCCUGUGUAAAUGUGUCUCCUGUGUAAAUGUGUCUGCAUGGUAAUGCCUUUGUGAUGUGCCUUCAUGGCUCAAAUCAUAUUCCCAAUCAUCUUCGUUCCCAAUCGCAUUCCCAUCAUAUCACGACUCGGCUCUUGCAGGUGCUUGUAUUCCAAAAGACUGUUUGAGCAAUGUUCUUUCUUUUUUUUAAAAACAGUGACAAAUGUCUGGCCUUUUUCUAAAUGCUAUUUUUCUUCCAGGGUUAAUGAUUUAAGUGGUGCAGUCAGUAGACAGUGAAAACGGAAGAAAAUCAACAGGCAAACUCAGAGAAACUUGAAGCAAAAUCAAAUGUGGUUGUUUGUGUUGAGUGUUGUAAAAAAAAAGCUUUUUUGCUGUAUGUGGGGCCAGCGUAGCAUGAGGAAGGCCUAGGCGCCGUUGCAACACUGGACUGGUUUACACUGGCUGGCCCUGUUUAUGCAAGGACGUGGCUUACUGCCACACAAACACACACACAUUCACACACACACAUUCACACACACACACACACACACACACACACACACACACACACACACACACACACACACACACACACACACACAAAAUGACCCAGUGUGUGUGCGCACACACACACAUGCACGCGCUCACACAAUUCAGCAUACAACUACACAUACACACACAUGAAACAAUUCAGUACACACCUAGGUGUACACAACCACACACACACACACACACAGGGUAUUGACGGCUAACUGUAGGCAUGAGUGUCACAGCUGACCUCAGGCGUUGUGCCCGCUGUGCCAACGCAGGAACAAGCCAGGUGCUCUUUGUAAGAUGUUUACACUUUUCUCUUUUGUUUGUUAGUUUGUUUUUGUAUCGUUAUUUGACGUCUCUGGAAAGAACAGGGGUUUGUCUGAAUGAUUGUUAUCGUUGUUUUUUUGUUGUUGUUGUUGUUCUUUUCUGUGUGCUUUGUGUUAAGUACUGAGGCCCUGUGCCUGUUUGCGUGAGGAGAAUUCUACAGGAUAAUCACUGGAGGCAAUAGAGACUCUCUCUCACACACACAUACACACAUAUACAAGAGAGAAUCGGUGUGUGUGUGCGUGCGUGCGAGCGCCCCACUAAAUGCCAUAGCAACGCUGUGCACUGCUGCACUCAUGCAUUUGCUUGCUGGCUUAUACACCCCUUUGCUUGUGUCCUGCACUGAGUUUUCCUGUUUGUGUCCAUGUCAGUAGCAACAACAGUGGCCAACUCAGUACUUGAAGCCAUGCUUCCCUCACCCUAGAUCACCACUCGUACAAACUCAGCCUAUUCUCAUCUUGUUACGGCAACAUAACUCACUGGGGAUCCCCAUUGCUGGUCUGGGGGGGCUGGGGAGGCUUUAUCUGCUGCUGUGUUUGUUUUUGUAUUCUUUUUUCUUUCUUUCUUUCUCCCCUUGUUAAGUAAACCAGGAGUUAAGGGAUUCUCUAUUGACCGUGGCCAUAUGAUAUGAUUGGAGUGGGUUCCGUUUAUGAAAUGUUAUGUAAAUGUUGCCGCUGAAUUAGAGGUUAUUGAAAUCUAUUGAGACAGUGGUGUAGUUUAGAGACCAAAGGGUGUGGAUACCCACACUUUCAUCCUUUUUUUUUUUUUUUGAGAUGACGUUAAGGCGCAACUGAGUAUCAGGUCUUUUUUCCCUUUUCUUUUUUUUUGUUGUUAAAGAAGACAAAAGCUUUCCUCAACUUCUGCUUUAAUUUUGCUAAAGCUAUGUGUAUACUAUGAACGUCAAAAGUGUUUGGAUUGACCUUUUAUUAUUAGUGUAGAAAAAAAAAUGAGUUUGUGAGCUGCGCAAAGAACCUCUUUUCCGAGCACAUGUACUAUGCUUUCCAUGGUAGAAAGGACCAGCAUUGUUUUGCACAAGUUGAUUUCAGACAGAGGGAGAAAAAAAUGUUUGGUGAAGUUGAGACAAAGACCAACAAUACAAAACCAGCCUACUUGACGGGUGUUUUGUAACAGUCAUAGCUUCUUUUCUAUUUAAAGUGAAUAUUUUUUAAAGAAACUACUGGUCAAUAAAAGGUGUAUGAAUGCAAGUUUUGUGAAAAAGCAAAUGUUUUACCAUGACAGGUGACGGGGAUGUGUUUUUAUAAAAUAAUAUUAAAAGACCCGGUUUAAGUAACCAUU